AUAGAUCUUACGUAUCUAUUACAUUUCACUCGAAACGAUAUUGUACAGCAGUUUCGUGACCGCCUGAACUUGUCUCAUCCGCAACCCAAUCUGGAAGAGAACUUGGCCUUUUUAUUGAGCGUAUCAGUGCAACAUUUUGAUCUCUUUACCGAACAGGCCUUAUCCCAUCCAAGGCUCAGCAGUUCCGUCUCUUCUGUCACUUCCUCGGACAGGCCGAUCGGUGAAACCGAAUUGACUCGUCGGCUCAACUCGGGUAUACAAAAGUGGCAUGCUCGAUUCAGGGUCAGUCUGCAGCAUCUUCUGCAAACAGACGAAGCUCGCAGCAACGCCGGUCCAGUGGACUCGGGUGAUCCGUCCCCUGUCGACUGGUAUGAUGUUCUCGCCAGUGACCACAACUCUGCUCUUGGCUGCACUUCUGUCAGCUCUACCAAUGCCUGGCUUGACGCUACCAUUCAUCAGGCCAGGCAAGUCAUGCCACCGGGUCGACGCCAGCGUUUACUCGACUGGCUCGUGCCUUUGGUCAAGCCACUACAGGAGGCCCGAGACCCAGAACCCAGCCUCAAAAUGUAUCUUGACGUGGAACCGCUUAGAGAGGUGCGAGCACGCCACCAUCCAGAGCUGAGUCCAUCCAAACCGACACAGCCAUUGCGAGUUGGAGAAGACUCAUGUCAUCGGAUUUCAAUUCAACUAGCCUAUCAGGUAAAUUAA